UCAGCCUCUCUGCCUCUCUCUGCUCCUCUUGGCCCGGCACGGCUCGGCACGCUUUCCCCUGGACCAGGACUCACUCUCACACACACAGGCGGGGACACACAGGCCGGGGACAGGACCAGCAGGCUCCGGGUUCCGGCCGCGGGCUCCCGUCAUGCUGGGCGCGGUGAAGAUGGAAGGGCACGAGGCUCCGGACUGGAGCGGAUACUACAGCGAGGAGAUGUACUCUCCAAUGGCGGGCAGCGGGAUGGGAUCUGGUCUUGGGAUGGGCUCAAUGUCAGGAUACAUGACCAACAGCGGAACCACGUCGGGAUCCUUUAACAUGUCGUACAGCGGGACUGGUCUGAGCCCCGCCCCGGUGGGGGGGAUGGGCGGCUCAGCCCAGGCAGCCAUGUCAGGACUUGGAGGGGGAGUUGCCUCAAUGGGCGGGGCUCUGAGCCCGUCCGGUAUGAGCUCUGUGUCUGCCCAGCAGGCAUCCAUGGGUCUGAACCCUUACGGGGGCAUUAGUCCCACCAUGAGUCCCGGGAUGGCGUAUGGUGGCGGCGGACUGAACCGUAGCCGUGACAACAAGGCCUUCAGACGGAGCUACCCACAUGCCAAACCACCCUACUCCUACAUCUCACUCAUCACCAUGGCGAUCCAGCAGGCGCCCAGCAAGAUGCUGACCCUGAGCGAGAUCUACCAGUGGAUCAUGGACCUGUUCCCGUACUACAGGCAGAACCAGCAGCGCUGGCAAAACUCCAUCCGCCACUCGCUGUCCUUCAACGACUGCUUUGUCAAGGUGUCGCGCUCACCCGACAAACCAGGGAAGGGUUCCUACUGGACCCUGCACCCGGACUCUGGGAACAUGUUCGAGAACGGCUGCUACCUACGGCGCCAGAAAAGGUUCAAGUGCGAGAAGAAGAUGUCGCCAAAGUCUGACGGCAGGAAGGAGCAGGGGGGAGGAGCCUCUCCCUCUGGGGACUCCAUCAAACCUGCUGGACUCUUGGACUCCUCCUCCCUACCCUCCUCCAGCCAGGUGUCUCCUCCUGGCCUGGACCUGCGGGGAGGCGUGGGCGGGGUGUCAGACCUGAAGGUGUCGGGUUCUCAGCUCCUGUCCUCUCUGUCGUUACCUCCCCACGCCAUGACACACGAGUCCCAGCUGCACCUGAAGGGAGACCCCCAGUACUCAUUUAACCACCCGUUCUCCAUCAAUAACUUAAUGUCGUCCUCGGAGCAGCAGCACAAACUGGACCUGAAGGCCUACGAGGCGCUGCAGUACUCCUCCUACAGUGCUGGGGGGGGCAGCCUCGGGGGGAGGAGCAUGGAGUCUCUGGAGGCCUCCUACUACCAGGGGGUCUAUCCCAGACCGCUCCUCAACACCUCGUAGUACCCGCUGCACUUCCAGUUUGGACUCUUACUCUGCAUGCAGCCGUCCCGGACUUCCUGUCUGACUGUGAUCAUGCUGAGCCGGAUCGACUCGGCUGAACUGGAUCGACUCGUCUGAUCCCGGGUCGACUCGUCAGCUGGUUCCUGAACUCCUGCACUGUGACCAAACCAGGACUCAAAGAGACUGUCAGCUGUUGAAUCUGAUCCCAGGUCUGUGUUCUCCUUUUACACACUGAGUCACAAACAACCAAAGAUCAGGUCCCAGGUCCAGAAAAAAAGAUUUAGUGUUUCAAAAUCCACAUUAAGACUCUGGACCGUCAGCGGGUCCAGAGUCCAGGAGGUUAGUCUGAUGCACUGAUCAUUUCACACAGACCGCCCCCCAAAUCGUAAAACACGACGUAAAAAGAAUGACAUCGCAGUAAGAGACGUAGCACCAGAGUCCGACAAAUUCAGCGUAUCAACAAAAGGUAUAGCGAACAGAAAACAUGACGCAGCGUCAUCACAUCCGAUCCCGACUGCACGCUGAAAACUUACAGAGUCAGGAAAGAUACCGAGAAUUACGGGGUGUAAAAUGUGUCUGUUUGCGUUCCGACAUGCAGCUCAUCCUGCAAACUUCAGGAAGUUUUCAUGAAGUUUUCAGGAGCAGAGAUGUCACGUUGAUGAUCGUUCAGGAUGAUCUUUUUGGUUUUAUGUCAGCUGUCGUUUCGAUGGUCAGCAGGUUUCACGACGUUUAGAGAGGAAAAAAAAGACGGAGAAUCAGAAACAAACGGAUCAGGGGUCAGGGUCCAGACGGGUUACUCAAACAUGUCCUGAUGUUUAGUUUAAAACAUGGAGAUGAAUCCAAAAUGGAAGCCACUCCUAAAAAACGUUUUUAUUGUCCAUCCACGGGUACAGACCUUCAGAAUAAAACUCUGUUUGCUCACAGAUGAAUAUUAUUAUGAGUUUGUUUGUUUUCGUUGCUGAAAUGUUGCCAACGUAUUUCUUUAAUUUAGACGAUGCUCUGUCUCUCUCCCUCCCCUCUCUCUCUCUCUCUCUCUCUCUGAUCUGAAGUUCAUAAAUAUUACAGAGAUAUCGUUUAGACAAUCUUUACUGCAACAUCAUGGAUCAAAGUGUGUCCUCUCAGAGUUCUUUUUGUCCCUCACAGGCUCAGGUAGUGUGAGACAUCAUUACAGAAAGGAUCCUCACACAGAUCUUUUAGUUUGAACCUCAAAGAGCUGUGACAUCACUCUCUACAAAACGCCACAUUCACAAACACUGAUUUUACUGACCAGGUCACGGGAGCUGGUGGUCAGCUGCGGCCGUUACACAAAGUUUCUUUGUAUUAAAAAUUGUUUGUAUUUUAAAAGUAAAAAAGAAAAGAAAGUAGAAAAGAAAAGUGAUGUCAGAGGUCCCUGAACCGCAGGUUGAAGACCCUCGUUUUAAAUUUGAAAAGACACAGGUCUUUGAGGUAUUGUCUCCUCGUGUGUUACAGGUCAAAAGGUCACCUGUGGCCGGUGAUGUGGUUGUCAUGGCGACAGAUUAAUUCGACUGAUUUUCUAAUCAGAAAAUAUGACGAAACGUUUAUUUCUCCCACGACCUCGUCUGCCCUCCGGACGACCCGCUGAGGGGUCAUGACCCUCAGAUAGAGACACACACACACACACACACACACACACGCACACACACGCACACACACAUACAUACACACACAGAUCAAAGGGCUUUUUUUUAAGGGUCACUUCACUUGAAUAAAACAGACAUCUUUCCCGCCUCUCUUUUGUCUGAUCUGUGGUCAGUUUCGCGGCGUCUCGUCUUUUCUCCGUCGAUUGUCGAUCUAUUAUCCGGUCUGAUUCACACGACGAUGAUCCUGAUGAAUUAUUCCACAUCAAACAAAACUUUGACAAAUAAAAAAAGGAAAAACAAACUUCACGGGAGAAAAGAAACUAAAUGUAUCUCAAAGUCAUAAAAAGACAAAUCUUUGAAUAUUUAUAUUUCAUGGAUCAAUAAAAAUAUUAAAUUAAUAAUAAAUAAAUAAUGAUGAUGAUCAGAGUUUUAUAUUAAACUCUGUACUUUUUAAUGUUUGAUUUUUAUAUAUGACCGUAAACAAAGAGAGGACGCCUCGACACGACAGAGACAGAAUUAUAACUUUAAUUAAAACUUUUUUAAUAAACUGAUCAGCUUGAUUUCAAUAAAGCACAUGUUCAUAUUUAUCAGACCUGUCAUUUAAAUAAAUCAUUCAUUUAAUUUGAUUUGUGUAUCAGCGUGUUUUAGAGAAGACAAAAAGAAACACACACACACACACACACACACACACUUCAGGUUUCAUAACCUCCGGUGUCGUUAACAGAUCAGAGAUGAUCGAGUUUCUGUUUAAAGUUCACCUAUAAGAAAUAACACAAGUGAUUAAAUAAUUUAAACUGGUGGAUUUAUGAGAUCUUUGUUUUCAGAGGAUCUUUGUUUGGGGACUCUCACUCUGUGUGUAAAAGGAGAACCCGCCUCUUGUCUGUUUUCACUCCGUGUAUUUAAAGUGUCCAUCACUGAUUAUUGAUUAUUACCAUGUGCAUGAAUGGACCGGAAGUCGUCUCCUCCUCUUCCUCCAACAGGUCUUCAGGAAGGAAGGAGAGAAGGAGGGAAGAAAGGA